AUGACAGCAGGAGACGAUAAGCUGCUGUGUCUUUGGUCUGAUGAAAACUUCAAUUUGCUGCAGCAGCGGCUGCAGCGCAAAAAAACAUCUGCUGCUUGCUUCACCCUGGUGCAGCAGCAGCAGCAGCAGCAGCAGCAGCAGCAGCAGCAGCAGCAGCAGGUGAGUGUGCUGCUGUGUGAUAAAUUCGGAGAUGUCUUUCUGCUGCCGAUCGAAGCAAUUAGCGGGCAGCAGCAGCUGGCGGGGGAUAUCAUGCUGAAGCGCAUGCAUGCAGCAGCAGCAGCAGCAGCAGCAGCAGCAGCAGCAACAGCAGCAACAGCAGCAGGAGCAGCAGCAGAGAAAGAAGAUGCAACAGCAGCAGGUACAGCAGCAGCAGCAACACCAGCAGCAACAGCAGCAACUCCUCUGCAGCAGCAACACACCCUAGCCGACCCCUUGAAAGACAGCAGCAGCAGCAGCAACAGCAGCAGCAGCAGCAGCAGCAGCAGCAGCAGCAGCAGCAGCAGCAGCAGCAGCAGACCUGUGCUGGCUUUGAUCUCUGCUUGCCAUAUAGCGAUCUGCUGCGCCUCGCUUUCACAGCAGCAGCAGCAGCAGCAGCAGCAGCAGCAGCAGCAGCAGCAGCAGCAGCAGCAGCAGCAGCACAGCGGCAGCAGCAACGAUGGGAGCAUUAGUUGCAGCAGCAGCAGCAGCAGCAGCAGUUUGCUGCUGCAGCAGAAAUGGGUAGUCAGCAGCAGCGGGGACUGUACUUUACAUCUAUGGCCUAUAGACAGCAGCAGCAGCAGCAGCAGCAGCAGCAGCAGCAGCAAGCCUGCUGCUGCUGCUGCUGCUGCUGUAUUGUCUCUGAACCCGAAAACUUUAUUUAGGGAUUUCAACAGCAUUAAGCCGCUGCUGCAGCAGCAGGUGCUGCACCAGCUGCAGCAAGCAGAAGAAAACAGCAGCAGCAGCAACAACAGCAGCAGCAACCAGCAGCAGCAGCAGCAGCAGCAGCAGCAGCAGCAGCAGGUUCCUGCUGUGCUGCAGGGGCAUCUGCUGCCGCUGAGGGUUUAUGUAGACGAGCAGCAGCAGAUGCUAGUUGUACAUACACUGCAGCUCAAGGGUUUGCUGCUGAUCCCCUAUCACCUGCAGCAGCAACAGCAGCAGCAGCAGCAGCAGCAGCAGCAGCAGCAGCAGCAGCAGCAGCGGGUGUACGGGGAUGCUUUUGUUGUUCCUUUAAAUUAUUUUGUUGGCUCCUUGCUGCUGUCUCGGCACAAAAAAGAAGAAGUUGCUGCUCUGUCUUUCUUCUCUCCUAUCCACCAGCAGCAGCAGCAGCAGCAGCAGCAGCAGCAGCAGCAGCAGGAGCAGCAGCAGCAGCAGCAGCGGAGACAGUUUGCUGAUUGCUUGGACUGUUGA